AUGGGAGUUUCUUCACAGCCUUCUCUUGUUUCCCUCUCUUUGAAAGAUCUGCUUCUUCAGGGAAUUGAAGAAAACAGAAAUUCAUCAUAUAAGAAGCAGAAGAUCAUGAAGAAAAGUGUCAAGAGUAGGAGGCUAAGAAGGAUUUUAAUGAAGAGGAGGGGUGGUUCUAGAAGAGGAUCCAAUGGAAUUCAGAGACGUGUCACAACAUUGAAGAGGCUUAUACCCAAUAGUACUGAAUCCAUUGGGUUGGAUGGACUCUUCAGAGAAACAGCUGAUUACAUAUUGUCUUUACAAACAAGAGUGAGUCUCAUGCAGGUUAUGGUUAAGGUAUUGACAGGGUCUGAUGAGUGA